AUGCAAGCGGAAUGUGUCUUAUCGGCUAACUGGGCUAUUUUUUCACAGGGAACCUCGAAGCGGUCUCCCCUAGAAGAGUUGCAGAGCCUGAAGACGUCGGGACCGAAGGCCCUCCUCCGGAAUGAUCGAGUGAGUGACAGAACACGUUGCAAACGCGUCUACAGUAGGGCCGCCAUGCGGAUCACUUGCGUCUGAAGGAAAAGGUCGAUCGCAAUCUUCCGAGCCUCGGCCGCAUCAAUUUCCAGCGGCCGCCAGCCGUCGACAAAUUACUGUCGUCGGUGUUUCCUCCGUUAGCGCAUUUGCGCCGUUCCAUUGUUUUAUGGCGACGUUUAUGUUCGGCCAUUUGCUUCCUCCGUUUCCUACUGUAA